UCGAACCUGCUGCUCCGAUUGCCGAAUACUUUCCAGCUAAGGCCAUACCACUUCAUGCCUCCCGGCUUUCUACAUCCAAUCACUGUUAUGUACGAGCUCAGCUAUGGGGAGACAGAAAUGAAGCAAGUUGAAGCUCGAAGAUCCCUUCACUUGAGGCUAGGGUUGCCAUUUGAUCGCCCUCUUUUGAGGAUUGCUAAUGCAAUAAAUUUAUCGCCAAUACAGGACAGCACUAGGGGCAAAUCAAAUCCAAAGGUGGGCUCCUCUUUGCUAAAAGAUGUUCAUCAUGGUAUUCCAAGCAGUGGAGUAUCUGGUGGCCAUGUCUCUUUAAUCCAGGGUUCCUAUGAAUAUUAUCAUUACCUUCAAGAUGGAUUUGAUGAUUCGGGCUGGGGUUGUGCUUACCGCUCUCUGCAAACAAUUGUUUCAUGGUUCAAGCAACAACACUAUACUUCCAUUGAUGUCCCCUCACAUAGAGAAAUACAGCAGUCUUUAGUCGAGAUUGGUGAUAAGGACCCUUCCUUCAUUGGGUCACGUGAAUGGAUUGGUGCCAUCGAGUUAAGUUUUGUUUUGGACAAGCUACUUGGUGUCAGUUGCAAAGUCAUCAACGUGAGGUCCGGAUCUGAGCUCCCGGAGAAAUGCAGGGAGCUCGCCUUGCAUUUUGAGACACAAGGCACUCCCAUCAUGAUUGGAGGAGGGGUUUUGGCUUAUACGCUAUUGGGGGUCGACUACAAUGAAACAAGUGGAGAAUGUGCGUUUCUCAUACUCGACCCUCACUACACAGGCAACGAGGACCUGAAGAAGAUAGUGAAUGGCGGGUGGUGUGGAUGGAAGAAGGCGGUCGUUAACAAGGGGAAGCAUUUCUUCUUGCACGAUAAGUUCUACAAUCUUUUGCUUCCCCAAAGACCUGACAUGGUAUAACUGAGUUACUACGACUACUUGCUA